AAAUUAUUCAGUUCAACUGUUUUAGUUUUUGUACAUUUCACUCAUUCUGCCUUUCGCUUACAUAAAUUUUUUGUGUCGUUUCCAUUUCACAUUUCGGGAAACCACUAAAUUAUGGGUCUUAUUGUCCAUUAAGAGCCGCAUAAUAAACCAGGCCUAAUAAUUUGAAGAGAAGUAAUAACAACUGAUUCCGAAGGUCAGAUAUUAGAUUAGCGAAGUUGUUUAGUAAAGUGGGGAUAAUAUAUUGGUGGAAUAGCUACUAUCAAAAUCGAAUAUCAGCAGCCUAAACAUUUGGCUACUAGCGUAAACCCAGCUAAUAUUGCCUUGCCGUAUCCGGCGAACGGAGAUAGCGUAUAGCAACAAGGAAGUAAAUAUUGUCGCGCGCGCAUAGUUAACAAGUGAGCGUUGAGUGCGCAUAUCAUCAGAGAAAAGACCAACAGUCGUUUUGUUUUCUUACGAACGUGAGUGUCUAUCUUGUGUUAGAAGUGGUUUCAGUGCGAAAUUUUUUUUCUGCUGUUCGCGCCGAAUGACAUUUCAAUUUUAAAAUACAAUAUGGCCGCCGAUUCGGGAAUGGAUACUUGCCCCUCGCCUGAAAUCGCUGAUUCUAGAAAAAGACCUCUGGACGGGGACGCGGAAAACGGAGAUAACAAACGAUCACAUUUUAGUUCGGAUGGAGGUUCUGAUGAGGAAAGAACGGCUUCAGGAGGAGAUGGUACUUUCCACUUCAAAUUAUUGGUACCAAGCGUGGCGGCCGGCGCAAUCAUCGGCAAAGGAGGCGAAACUAUUGCUCAGCUGCAAAAAGAAACCGGAGCCAGAGUUAAAAUGUCAAAAUCGCACGACUUCUACCCAGGUACGACAGAACGAGUAUGUUUGAUAACCGGUAGCGUCGAAGCUAUUUCGAAUGUUCUCGAUUUCAUUAUAAAUAAAAUCAAAGAGAAACCGGAUCUGACGAAAACGCUGGUCGAUACCGACAAUAAGAUGCACGAAAGGGAGAGACAAGUUAAGAUAUUGGUACCGAAUUCUACGGCCGGUAUGAUUAUAGGCAAGGCGGGAAAUUACAUCAAGCAGAUUAAAGAAACCAGCGGAUCUUAUGUACAGAUAUCUCAGAAAUCCAAAGAUAUUAGUUUACAAGAAAGAUGCAUCACAGUUAUUGGAGAUAAGGAGCAGAAUAAGCAGGCCUGCAUGAUGAUAAUAAGUAAAAUAGUCGAAGAUCCUCAGAGCGGUACAUGUUUGAACGUGUCUUAUGCCGAUAUAAACGGACCGGUAGCGAAUUUCAAUCCCACCGGAUCCCCAUUCGCCAAUCAACAACCGGGAAACGCUUUCAACGCUUCCGCAACGAGUCUCAACGGCGGUUUGGGAACGGCAGUUUCUCAAAGUCUCUUACUCAACGGCGGCCUCAAUCUCAAUCUUAAUUUGACCGCUCCCGGACAGAAUAUAUCGAACGUUACUGCGCAGUUACUGGAUCAUAUCAAAAUGCAGUUGAGGUCUAGCGGAUUAGCCGACGCCCAAAUCGUCGAGAUUUGUGCCGCACUUGCCGUUCUGGCCAAAAAUGGUGUGAUUUCCGUAGGAUUAGGUAUAAGUCAGCCACACCCUGGAACGAUACCAGUGUCUAAUUAUCUUAGUCUUAUGGACGGAUCAGCACAAAAUGCCGGCGCAGGUGUGUUCGGAGCUAUUGGACAAGUCAGUUUAGGUGAUUGCUUAGGUACCAACACCGCGGCUCCAAGGACGAACCUAGAACGUUACGAAUCACCGUUCGAUCCGUUUAGGCAUCAAGUUUCCGCGGCCACAGCACCAAUUUCAUUGAAUAACAACAGCUUUGGCUUAGGUACUGGACAGCAGGUAGCUGUUUUGAGCAAGAGCCCCACUCCUGCAGAACUAAAUGGUACAAAGGACUCCAAGAAUGUUGAAAUCGCCGAAGUUAUAGUAGGCGCAAUCCUUGGACCUGGUGGUCGAUCGCUAGUAGAAAUCCAACAAAUAAGUGGUGCCAGUAUUCAAAUAUCUAAAAAAGGUAUUUUCGCUCCUGGCACCCGUAAUCGUAUCGUUACCAUAACAGGCAACCCUCAUUCCAUAUCGACCGCCCAAUAUUUAAUCGAACAACGUAUAAACGAAGAAGAGAUGAAGAGGGCGCGCAACAACGGACUGGGUACACUAGCGAUCCAGUGAUCGAAGGAAGAAGAAAAUAUUAACAUAACCUCAGUUUCGUGUACAAGCAACAUAAAUCCCUCGAAGGGAUAUUCUUGGUGCGAUGACGAGUAGUGUAAAAGUAAUGGGUGUAGUGCAUUUAGGGUGUUUUUUAAAACGUGUAUUUUCUUCAAACAAAAAGUCAUCGAAUUUUGUUGCUCUUCCAAUACAUUCCCAUUUAGAAUUUGGCAACAUAAUCACUUUUUUACUGAUAAAUUUGUCGUUAGUGAGAAGAAAAAAGUAUACGUUUCAAAUAUUACCCUAAUUCUUAUUUUUUUUCCUCUAAAAAUUAUGUUUUCUAGUAUAAAGAGUCUUGUGAUUGUUUUUGUGUUUGUAAUUGGUCUUUUUCCAGUUCAUUUCUUUACUAUUUUUUACUAAAUUUUUAUAUAUGUCUUGUGAUUGUCAUUUUUCUUUUUAAACAAUUGAGAAAUGGGAAAAGACUUUUGUGUAAGUAUUUUAUUUUUGUGUUAUAUGUACUGUACUUUGUACAGGAUAAUAAUCUUGUUUUUAUAGUUUUUUUUUUUCAAAAAAUUGAAAUAUAUAUUAUUAUACAAAGGUUUAUAAUAUGUUUACUUGUACAUGUAAAUUUUAUUUUUGUUCAAAUGGACCAAAUCCAAGUCAUAUUGUUGUUUUCCUUCAGUGGUGUUUAUUGAAGAUGGUACACCACUGAAUUUGAUGUAUAUUUUUGUUAUAAACUAUUAGAAAUCUUUUGUAAUCUUAAAAAAAAAUAAUUGCAAAUUUAUUGACUUCAAUAUAAAUGAAAAAUUGGUCGCUGAUAAUUAUAAUAAUUUAAUUAUUAUGUAAAGCGAUCUGAUUUUUUACAGGUAGAUUUAGAAUUUUGACAAAUUUUAAAUCGAAAAUGUGAUGAAAUCAUUCAUGUUGUCCCUUCUGGUUUCUGUACCUAUCAUUCAGUUUCCAUAUUUCAUAUACAUAUUAUGUAUAUAAUUUUAUCAAUCAUUAUAUCAUAAUACAGUAAAAUAGUAACACUGUAAAACUUUCUAAUGUUACAUUGUUGCCAAUCUCCUAACAUUAAUCUAGUUAUUAAAUAAGGGCAAUCUAGGGUUUCGUUGUUUAUUAAAGUCUUAAACCAAAUAUUUGACAUCACAUGAUUUUAGUGCACUCAGGUUUACUUGUGGGGUGAUUGCCUAUAUAUUAGUUACAUUAACAUAAUUUUUUUAUAUUGUGAUUGGUAAUUUAUAGAGAAGGCAAACAAAUAAGUCAAGGCAUUACUAACUAUCAAAGGAUUAUCUUUUCUAUAACAGUUUUCAUUCUAAACAACCAUUUGAAAUGUUUUUUCCCACUUUUUAAACAAGCUUCUUGAUAUUGCCAAUAAUUAUAACAGAAGAUUGAAAAUGCUGGAAAACAGUUUGCCUUCUUUUACAUUGAAUUUUCCGAAAUGUGUACCUGCGACUAACCUCAAAAUACUAUAUUUUUUUGCUCGUUAAAUAUAUUGCAAGAAUAAAGUUAAUUUUGAGUUGAACGGAAUCGUAAAUUUAACCAAAAAUUUUAGUUGAGUUCUAUUUUUGGCUAUAUUAGAAUCUACGAUUUCGUAAACUGUUACCAAUCAUGAGUAUUUAUAUAUAUAAAAAAAACGUCUAUAUUGAGAUAAAGAGGGCAUAUAUUAAUAGAAUAGAGUAGUGUACAUAGUCAUUUAGCAAAUUAGUCAUCUAUUUCACUUCUAAACAUAUUUCUCAUAGAUCUUUCAUCAUAAACAAUUUAUGAUAUAUGGAAUAUUAAACUAUACAAAGAUAAAUGUGACUCAAAUCAUAUAUUGUUGUUAUAGCAUGUUGUUAAUAAUUGUUAAUGUUUGAAAUACACAUCUUGUACUAGCGUUAUUUAACUUGGCUACCAAUCAAAAAUAAAUUUUACCAAUAGAAUCAUGCUUGCGCAAUUAACAUACUGAGUUAUCAAUUCAAAGUGAUUAAACGUUUCAGAUUACCCUAAAAAACAGUGCCAAUAAACCCAUCUACUUAUAAAUCAACUUUAGGUAGAAUAUUUGCAGCUGCUAAAAGAUGAGAAAAAAAUUGAAAAUACAACCAGUAUCGGAAUAUAUAUUGGGUUGGCGACGAAAUUAUCUCGGUUUUGUUGUAUAAAAUAAAACACUUUUUUAGAAAGAAUAGUUUUUAAUCAAUUAUAUAUUUUCCAUUUUGCUCAUCGAUCUUUUAUAUUCUUCUUUCAGCUUCAUGAUUCCGCUCCCAUAAAAUUUCUGAUCCUUAUCAGCAAAAAACUAUAGAUUGUAAUCAGAUGGUGCCAGAUCAAAGCUGUAUGGGGAACGGUUCUUCUUUGGUGAUUCCGUUUUUUAACAGUGAUAUUUUUUCCAGUAUUAUGUGGAGAGGUGGGAGAUUUAGAAUCAUGUCUAGUGCAGCUGUUGGGCAUAAUUUCAUUGCCUAGGUUGCACAUAAGCAAGCCAGUUCUUGUACCUUCGAGAGAGAUUGUUCCUUGUGGUAUUCAGACUAGUUCUAGUAUUCCAAACCACUGCCCCAUAUGUGAUGAUUGGUCUCACAGUUACCAUCUACGUCCAAAGUAAGAUCUUUGAGUUACAACCCCAAUUCCUCCCUGCAAAGUUUCUGUACACCAUUGGGGCUUUUGUGGCUUCGAUUCACCCUAUAAAAUAUAUUUCUAAAUAAUAAGUGGAAAAUAAAAAGUGCCUAUAUAUAUUUUUUGAAAGCACUUCUUCGUUUAACUAUUUUUACAAUAUCUUUUAGAAUAAAAGUGAACUAAAUGGGUCAGUUUAGGAACGUCAAUUUUGGAAUUUCAACAAUAAUAAUUAAUGAGAAUGUUUCAAAAGAGCCUAGUUAAAAAAUGCUAGUGAAUUUAUACACAUUCAUAGUUUUCUCGUCUAAAUGUUUGUGAUGGCCAUUUACUUGGAUUAUUAAGUAAGUAUAAUCACUUGUAUUGUAAUUUUAUGGAACAGUUAUAUUUAAUGUUACAAUGAUGAAAUUUUAGUAGAUAACGGGUGACAUGUUAUUUAUAGCUGUUGCUUGAGGUACAUUCUCAGAUUAGGCUUCUCAUACCAUACUUGUACAAGCGUCUGGUUAUUUUUCUCCAAAAAAAAGCUUCAAAAAUAUCUAGUCAAUAUUAUUUCGUUGAAUAUUAUUGCAAUUAAUGUACUAUACAGGGUGUCAAACAUAAGAUGACCCAUAUACUUUUCUCAAAACCUGUAGGAGCUAUCAAAAAACUUCGAUUACAAAAGUUAUUGUAUAUAAAGUAAUUUUUAGAUUAUUUAUUUUCGGAAUGUUGAAUGGAACGCCUUAUAUUUUACUGCAUUUUUGGAUUUAGUGGUUAAAAAAAAAGUAACUUUCAUAAGACCGAUCUAUUUAAUUUCCCAUGGUUUAGAAAAAUCUAAAAAUUACUUUAAAUACAAAAAACUUUUGUAAUUGAGGUUUUAAAACUGAACCGAACUGAAAAGCUCAAAUGUAACGAAUCGAAAUGUGCUCAGCAGAACAAAAAUAAUCUAACACUGUAUAUUUCAUUCGCUGCUAACUAUAAUGUGAAAAAUAGAUAUAUUUUAACUUUAUAUUUUGAAAAUAUAUAUAUAUAUAUAUAUAUAUAUAUAUAUAUAUAUAUAACCAGAUAGCUUAUACAAUGAAAAUUUCCGCAAAAAAUACUGUUGCUGUGAUAUUCACAUCUGUUAAGUAAUUGUGAGGGUAUCGUUGCCCGUAUGUGCGCUUUUUCUAAAUUUGUCGUGUUAGUGAUACAAAUAUUAGCCGGAAUUUCAUAGUUCUAGAUACAAUAUAUCUCCUCAUCAUACUUUAUUUUCCACGAUUCCAAAUUUACACUCGAUAUUUGGAUAAGAUCAGAAUGUAUCGAAAGUCGUAAGUAAAAUUUGUUGGCACUUGUUAAAACGUUUCAUCCUUACAUGCAGGCAGCGUCGGAUUAAGAAGUAGGGCCCCACUUAAGGAAAUCUAAAUCAACUCGGAAAUAUUUUCGAACAAAUUUUGGUACAGAUCCAAUAUUGCUUUUGAAAUUAAUGAUCAAAUUAGUUAUUUUGCGAGGCCCACGCCUGCUCGGGGCCCGGGGCUUCAGUCCCCCUUAGACCCUCUCAAAAUCCGACACUACACGCAGGUAUCAUAUAUAGAUUUCCAGUCUUAGAACUAAUCAUUUUGAUAUUAUCCACUUUUGAAUGCAAAGUUAACAUUUAAACAAUUUUUUUCGGAAGUAGAAGUAGUCUAGAGAAUUUAUAAGAGAGUUUCCAAAUUGAUUAUUCUCAUUAGAGUGCCUUCUAUUGAAAUUAGAAUUGUUAUUAAAUUUUCUGUAUGUUUACAAAACUUCGAAUGACUAUUCAUGCUUAGUGAUUUCCAAUUCGUUUAUUGGUAUUAAAGUAUGGCAGCUUGGGUGGGGUCCCGAACCCGUUUUAUACUUCCCUAAGUUUUAGAGGGUUUUUUUUUAUGCAUAUAAUCGAUUUUUCGGUUUAUUUGUUUAUAACUAUAACUCUUAAACAAAGAGAUAUGAAAAAAAGUUUCAAAAAUAAAAAAGAUUUGUUUUAAAAAGAUCUUAAAAAAGGUCUCCACAGUUUUUUGCAAAAAAUCAAUAUUUAAAAAUUUAUCGUCAAUAUAAUGUAACAUUGGCGUUAUUUCUCACCUUAUCGGUCUUUAAUUUAGCCUCUGAUCGCGCAGUUUAAAACCUGCAUAACUUUAUCAGGUCAAUUUGUUCGUAUUGAUCAGCACUUUAAGCUACUAUAAGGUGCACUCCCUUUUUUUAAAUUUAUGUAACCUUAAAAUACUUAUAAACAAAUUACGGUGCUUUUUUUCAUGAAAAUUUCUACAUUCAAACUCCUGUAACUAUUCAACAGAUAAUAUUUAAAAGGUCUACUCCAUUUCAUAUUGAAGCUUAAACUGAUGAUGCUUUAAUUCUUUCUACAUCAUGUAGGAACCAAGUAAUGACUCAAGAGUUAUAGUUUUAUAAAAAAUUAAAUUGUUUAUAACAAAUUACUCGAAUAGAUUUGGGCUCGGCACCUGCGAAAAAUCGAUUGUACGCAUCAAAAAACAUAGGAAAACGCUCGAAAACUGAGGGCAGUAUGCAAACGGCUACUGGACCCCCCUAACUGCCCUACUAUUCAUUUUUCGCAGAAUUGACACAAAUAGAUUAACAUUUUAUAAAUUUAUUUCCUAAUAAGGAUACAUGUGUAUUAUGUAGUUAUAUAAUCCUUUGAUAGUCCAGGCUACCAAGGUUUUCAUCUCCUAUUUCCACGAAUCUGCAUCAAUUUUAAUGAAAUUUCGACAGUAUGCAUGAAAUACCUUAAAAAGCAAAAUAUGUAUGAUAUGUACUUUUUGCUCUAAUGGUGAGGUUCACUCCAACUAGUUGAUCUUUCUUUGUAAAACGAAAGGGUAAAUUGAUAAUUCUUCUUGGGGGGUGUAUAUUUGUGUAUUUCUUUCUUUAGAAAAAAGUGAAUUUGACGUUUUUUGUUCGUUUUCAAUUUUUUUUGUAUAUAUAUAUAUAUAUAUAUAUAUAUAUAUAUAUAUAUAUAUAUAUAUCUACAAAAACAGCCAUUUUUAACACUUUUUCUUCUGUUUUACUUUUUCAUUACCACUUUGGGUUCUUUUUUUAAUAAAUAUGUACAAAAACAGCUAUUUUUGAAAAUAAGAGUAAGUCAAGCUUAAUUCCAAAUUUUCGUGGAAAUACCUCAUUUUUCCUUUGGUAGCCUGGACUAUGACUGGAUACUAAUAAAUUAAUAUUGAUCUAUGAUAUAACAAAUGCUAUUUCAUUGACAAAAAGAAGUACUGAAAAUAAAUUAGAUUCAAGACAAAUAGCUGAGGAUAGAUGUGAAAUAUUUGGGAUUGAAUGAUUGUGAUAAAUGUACUUUACUUGCUUACUAUACCUAAUUCUAUGAAACUAUUUCAUUCAUAUAGGAAUUUAUUAUCUAUAUUUUAUUUAGAUAUACAACAUACAAUCUAAUCUAGCAUUCCUAUAUAUCUAUAUGAUUUGUCCUAUCUGUAAAGUCGCGUAAAGCAUUACACUACAGAUUUAUUGAACUUCCGAAAAAAAUAGUUUCAAUUUUCAUUAAAACCCCGCUUUAUGUUUUCAUCAAAACAUUAAGUUACAUAUUCAUGGGUUUGUGUUUAAGACAUCAAAAAAAAAACAAUGUUAUUUGUAAAUAUUUUAUUUUUAUAUAUAUGUAGGUACAUUAUUCAUUUAUAUAUAUAUAUAUAUAUAAAGUUUUUCAGUAAUUUUUUUGUUUAAAAUGUUGAAGAAAAAAAUAUAUGAGUAAUGUUGAUAUUUGCAUGUAUAAAAGUUGAUGUUGAUAUAUAUAUAUAUGUUUAAAAUAUUAUUCAAAAAGGCCUAUAAACAGUUGACUGGUCAUAUAAUUGUUAGAAACGUGGGGAUUCACAAAUUUUAUACAUAAGCAAGCAGAAAGUAUCUGCUUUGUUAAUGGUGUGAAUUGCGAAUUUCUACUAGUUUGAAUUCAUUAUACUAUAAUAUCGCAAAAUAUGUCAAUUUCCAACUAAAAUCAACAACAAUUAUUGCUUCAAAAUCUUUUAUUCCAUGAAAAGUGAAAAAAAAACUGUAAUGAAUUUAAACGAGUAUCUAAAAAUUGUGAGAAGCACGGGUCAAAUAGAAAUGGGUGAUAUAUUCUUAGCUUUGUUUAUGAUUCGAUGUGUAAAUACUUCAUUAAAACGCACAUUUUAUUACUUAGGGUGAUUUAUCUUUCUUAGUUACUUCAUUUUAAUGGUAAAAACAAGACAAGUUCAUAAACUUAUAGUCAUCUUAAACUUUUUAUUUAUACUUUUAAAUUUUAAAAAGUAAUAAUAGUAAGUUUUUACAUACCUGUAAAUUGCCGCAAACAAAUUUCCAAUUUCAAUAUAACUAGUAUUGUAGUUUUCAAGACUAUUUGGGUAAAGGUGACUGUUAUAUGGAGACAUUUAAGAGCAAAACUAAGAAAUUCCAGUCAUCAUAAGUCAUCAAAUAUGUCUGUCUAUUUAUUCAACGAAAGUCCCACACCAAAUAGACUGGAAAAGUAUGUCAUCAAUCAUUUUGCAAUCUGUUUGAUUACUAAUGUUCUAUUAUGAAAUUAGAGAAACGACAGUUCUUUUUAUUAUUGUAAUGAAAACAAACCACUGCAAAUCUAAAAUAUGUUCGUACACAUAAACUAUCUCACAAUAUCAAUUAUUUUUGUGAGACUAACAAAUUGACUCUCUAACCUAACUUUUCUUCUUCUCUUUUAAUUCUACAAUACAGAAUAUUACACCUACUUUUGUACGUUUACGUAUACAUCUACUUAUUACCUCAUAAUACAAUGGAACGCAGCAUUUUUAAUGAAUUAAAUCGACAACAAAAUUGGGAAAAUAGAAGGAAAGUAAUAUAUUGCGAAAAAAUUCAAUGUCAUCAAGUUGUUUUACCCAUACUAUUGAUCUCGACUGCAGAUGUAGAGGACAAAAAACUUAGAAUAGGCAAUCUGUAAAUGCAGUAGGAAUCCCUAACAUUUAUAUUUGAGUUAUUGCUACUAUUAUAUUAAUAAAAUGAUUUAUGAUUAACGUCUCUAGAAGUAUAGAAAAUUAACUCACCCUGUACUUUAGAAAUUGUGCGUUCUGUAUAUUUCCAACUUAUUAUCGACAUAAUUUAUAUUAACAUAUGUUAGAAAUUACAAAAAAUUCAUCAGCAAUGGUUACCAAUUUCGCACUUUUUCUGUUUUUGCAAAUAUUUUGUAUCAUGAUAAAAUUUAGCAACAUGAUUUUUUAUUUCAUUUUAUCAUUUCUGUUAAAAAAAAGUAGGUAGUCGGGGAUAAAUAUAUAAAUAUAUUGUUAAACACAUUAGAAAUUUCAAUAAAAUCAUAGUGCCAUAUUACGUAUUAUUCAUGAAACCUCAUCUCAUCUCCACAUCCAUUUUUCCAUUCUUUUUUUUAGUUUUAUAUACUGAGAUAUACGGUGUCCCAGCAAUUUUUACAUACGUAAUCAUCAGAUCACGCUCAAUAGACUACAGGAGUGUUGACGUCACACAGCGCCAUUGUUAGCGAAUGUCAGAAAUCUCUUUCCAAACAAAGUUUUAACUGCGUUGACUAUCGUAUACAUGUUUAGUGAUUUGUGAUUUUUUCGUAUUUUAUUUGAUAAAUUUUGCAAAAAAAUACCUUCUGGCACAAAACACAUCACCAUCUUAUACAACAGUGAACUAAUCAAAAACUUUUUAAAUAACUUUCACUACCUCAAACUUUGAAAAGUGAACUAUAACAAUAUGACGACCGUGACGUCAUGCUCCGGGUGUCUAUAGUUGUCUAACCAAUAUUAUGUUAAAAGUCAUACAUAUACAUUUAACAAUUAUACAAAGAAAUUUGUUGCUUCACUUGAAAAACCGAGAAGCAGUUUUCUCCAAAACGUGAAAAAAAUUGUAUAUUAGGAAAUCGGUACCUAAAUAUUUACUAUAUUUAAAAAGAAAUGCAAGGUUGAAAACACAUCAUUUAACAUUAUUAUAACAUAGAGUUUUAGUUUAAUUAAAAUAUCUACAGAGAAAUAUUUGUACAUCUAAUUAAUACUUAUCUACUCUAAAAAUUUUGAUAAUUUUUGGCUAUUAAUAGAGACAUUGGAUAUGCUAGAAAAUUCAACAAUCUUGCAAACCUUUUUAUGAGUUUUAUUUGUGAAGAACAAUUACAUCUUUAGUAGCAAAGCUUCAUGAACUAUUAUUAUUCAAUAUAAAAUACAACCUCACAUUUCAAACGCUUCUUAAAAUCUCACCCAGUAUUUGAAAUAAAAUUUCAACAACUAUAAAACUUUACGGAAACUAUGUUCGUGUCAACCCGAUCAUUAUCUAAAUGUUCGGAAACUAACUUGGAUCACAUUCAUUGUUGUUCGGAAACUGACAGAGUUAAUCGAGGCGUAGUCGUACUAUAUGAUCCUUUCUACUUUAGUAGACCGUUGAUAAAUGCGAUCAGCUGAUGGAUUAUUUGUCUAUGGUCUUUUGAACUUAUAUUAAUUCUCAUGGGCAGAAUGUAUCAUAGAACUAAAUGGAAAAUUAGACAUCUACAUCUAGAAUAGAAGUAAUAAAUGUUUUAAAUUUGAAAUUUAUGCCGAACAUUGAACGCGACGUUCAGAAACUGUGAUCUAAACUCGUUUGGGGUUAGUAACCGCUAUCAGCUGAUUAGUAAUCUAUCUGAAUCCGAGUUAUAGUUUCCGAAAAGUCUUUACGUAACUAAAAGUUUGACGACCAUAUUCAUACGUACUUAUACGAACUGCGCUUGCCCAAGCAAGAUUGAAAAACUUCCGAUUACGUCAACUUAACAAUGUUGUCUAGAGAUGUGGAAAGUAUAGUUAUUUUGUACUCAUUUUAGUAAGGAAUAAAAAAAUUAACUUCUUUGAAUAUUAACGAGUAGACGAAGGCAAAACACAUUAUUUUAACGUAAUUGUAAAGUUGGUACAAAUGCCUUUUUGUCGUUGGAUUUUUUUCAAAACUAAACACAAAAACGUAAGAAAAAACGCUGUUUUGUUUGAAAAUUUGGAAUUUGGUAUAAAAACCGAAAUUAAACACAAAUCUACUUUUUCAAAAACUAAUUUACAAAGACAAAACCUUUUUGUUUGUGUUGAAAGUAUUUUUGCUUAUCCAAUGUAUUAUGCAUAGCAUCAUUCGACUGCUCUUGAUUAAAAAUUACAUCUCUAUCACAAUAUUUUGUUCGCGUAUAUUCAGGUCCCUUCACACGGUCUUAUCAGUUCUCAGUCGACCUGUCCGUUUCAGGCUUGGGUUCCAUAUCGUCAAUAUGAAUCACAUUCAUAUAGUUAUUAGUAUUGCACAUAUAUCAUGUAAUAAUUUUGCAACAUCAUGGCUUUAGCUUUGACGUUGAUGAAAUCGAGAAAAAGAAGAAGACAAUGUACUAAAGCUUGGUACUUCAAAUGAAAUUCCAAGUUAAUAAAAGAAUUCUGAUUAGAAUAAAGUGAUUGGCUAAAACAAUUAACGGAUGAUGAGGAUGCAUAUCUCGUAUUAUUACGUCUUAUAUAAAAGCAGGAUAUGAAUACGAUGGGGGCUUUAACAUCCUUUUUUGCAUUGACACAAAAAUUGACAUGUUUUAUAACAAAUUGGUGAUUCUUCCAAAUAUUUAUACGUAUAUUUAUAUCUAAAACGUUUGCUUUUAUAAAAAAAUUCUUUGAACUGAAAUGAAACAAAUAGAUCUAUCCAUCCCGUUACUUUUUCGUCUGAGUUUGCGUUUCCUUUCAGUUUCUAUCUUCUUACACCUAGGAAAAAUUGACAGAGACUGAACUGAGAACUGAUACAACCGUGUAAAAGAAUCUUUUAGUUGGGACGCGUUUUUUCGACGUAAGUUAAGUGGGGAUUAUUGAGUUUUACAUAGACGUUGCCACAUUUCAAUUUUUUUUCGUGGCAAAAAUCUUAUGAAUUCGUUAAAAAGGUACAAAAAAUUGUAGUCGACAUUUAUAGUAUAUUUUUAUUUUCUUUUUUCUUAAAUAUCAAGAAAGUGAAAAAAUUGUGAUGUUUUGUAUCAUCCCCUUUUUAUUAUUUUUUGACAAAUAAAUUUCACGUAUCUUAUUUUUUAGAAAAUACAAACAGAGAAGGUAUUUACGUGUUUAUUUCAUUUAAAAUUAUUAUUUAUUGAAAAAUAAGAAAUUAGUUAUGACUUUUCUCGUAUUAUUGGUUUGAAAUUUUUAGAAACUAUGGGAUUACUGUAAUCGCAUUAAUUUUUUUACCAUAAUGGUAAUGUGAUAUUUGUAGGGAUUCUUUUUGUACUUAUCAGUACAUCUGCACUCGAAUUCACCCCUACCCCCACCUUUUCAUUCCAUAUAAAAAUUUAUAUUUUUUUUCGUGAAAAAAAUUGACUGUUAUUUAUUAAAAAUUUUUUGUAAAUGGGGUUUUUUAUUACAUUUUUAAUUACUUAAAAAAUAAUGACUGAAUCUCUCUCAAA